AUGUUGAAGUUUAUUAUAUUAGCCUGUUCGGUAGGGUUUGUGCUGGCAUACGAUUUUAAGGACCCCUUCUUCAAUGAGAUCCUGUUAGAGAAUUUGCUAGACGAUUCGGAAUCUCUACCGUUAUCUGGUCGUUUCCCCCGUUCAGCGGUAGAUGUGCUUGAUAAAAGGUGCAAACGUCGCUACCCUUGCUGCAUAGUUUCCAAUGACGCGGUUCUGGAUACAAUGAUUGACAUCAAGAUGGACUGCUUUAGGGAAAUUCGUGCUAAAAAUCGAGUAGGCAAAGCAGCUGCUGAACCGAUAAAUGUUUUCAAUUACGAGGGACUGAACAAGACCAAGGAAGAACUUAUCUGCGCUAUGGAAUGUGCCGGUCUCAGGUAUAAUUUUCACAACGAAGAAGGUGGCGCAAAUUUACAUUUGUUUCUGGACUUCGCCAAGUCAAUCAUGGCGUCCCAGCCAGAAAUUAGUUUAAAAGAUCAACAAGAAAUAAUGGGUCAUAUACAAUCAUGCAUAAAAGAGGCUCAGGAAAAGGUAUCACUGAACCCGCCCAUGCCUGGUCAGUGUAGCCCGUUUGCUUCCGAUUUUGGAUAUUGUAUAUGGCGCCGUGAGACAAUACAUUGCCCGAAGAAGCAUCGCGUGGAAAACCAUCGCUGUGACCGCAUACGAGAAAAGCUCACGAAAGGCGAACCGCUCCAUUACUACAAAGCUGAAAUUGAAGAUAUUUAA